CCCGCUUUCAAAAUGGCGACCGGAACGAUGGACGAGCUGCUGCAGGAGCUGAACUACGACUUCAACUUUAUGGUGCACGAAAUCCGCACCUUGAUGACGCGGCUGAAGCUGUCCGAGCGGCGGGUCGUCGAGGCGUGGGUGCACAAGCUGGCCGGCGCCAACCAAACGCUGGAGGAGGUGCAGCUGCGGAACGACUUUCUGUUCUACCUGGCCCGGAACUGCGAGCAGGGCGCCCUGCUGCCCCCGUUCGAUCAGCAACCCCCGCCGGGGUACGUCCUGAACUCGGCGCAUUUGAUGCCAAAUUUCGGGUCGGAAAUGACGGGGGAAGCGGCGUCCAAACCGGUGUACGAGGCGUACACGGAAUCGGCUGGAGGAGCGUCACGGAGGGCCGAGCUGUUCAAGCGAUCGCCGGAUGGUGGGGCGUUCCUGGUGUCGCAACCAGUUCCACGAUGUGGAGCGUUUUGCUAUUUGGCAAUUGUGAGCAAACAUCAGAAUCCGUGAUUUGAAGCAAAGUUUCCAAAUUCGUGUUGU